CCUGUUGUGCUGAUCAUCGAUGUUAUUCGUUUGUUUUUCAGAGAUUUCAAGGAUGUAAGUUUGGAUAUUGUAGCUGCAUGUUAGUUUACAUGAAAAAAAAAUCCAAGUUACAAAAGUCGAACACGAGACAAAUGAAGGCGACUGUUUUAAAAUAUUUCUGUAAAGCCAGACAAAUAUUUGAACUCUUGUGACUGACCCUGAGGUGUGUGUAAGACAAUGAACUUCUGCUUUCAGGUUCAGAAGAUGAGACAAGCGAUAUUAGGAGGUGGUAAAUGUCAACUCUCAGAUCAUCAUCUGUGAACUCCGUUCUCAACACAAUCUCACUUUUGCUGUUCAGACAAAAAACAGACCUGACAUUUAUGGGAGUGGAAUACUGUCCAGGUGGGGCUCAAAAAGUCUGAUUUUUUUAUUACUGUACUUUUUAAAAAACAUUUUAAGACUUUCUUUGUUUGAAUCUUGAUGAUUACACUUUACAGCUUAAAGUCCAAAAUCCUCACUUAAAACAUCCAAGUAUUGUCAAAGUCCAGUUUCUUGUCAGGUAUUUCAGUUCUAUUUUAUCAUGGAAACACUUCUCCUUUCCUGUUUGAAGCUGUUUCCUCUCGGUCCCUUUGGGCUGCAUGCUUGUUCAUAUACCUGAUGUGCUAAAAUAAAGUUGAGUUAUUCUAUAACUUUAUCUAAAAAGGAGCUUAACAUUGUUUUAGCAUUUCAUACGCUGGAAGUAUCCCCUGUGUGUGUGAUCUAAAGAGGUCUCUCAUUGCAGCGCCUCUUUCAGAGAAGAGUCAAACCUAAAACACAAAGUGGUCUUCUUGGAAAGUCCGCGCACCUGUUGCCUUUUUUUCACACCUGUAGGAAGUUAUUUGACACAAACACAGUGGGAGUUUCUGCGUAUUUUCCAGACCAAAGGUAGGCCAAAGGUCUGCUUCAAAAACUGUUCCUUUAGAUGGUGCUUCCGAAAAGUUAAAGGAAAAAUUAAAAAGAAAUCAAAUUAAAUUCUUUUUAUUGCAGCAAAGAACAGCACCCAGAACUUGCUCUGUGGUUAGAAGCUGAACUGCUGAUGCUGCAGUUCAACAGGAAGUGCAAGUGGUCUACCUUUGUGUGUGUGUGAAGAUAGCUGGGGUGAUACUUUCACCAUUACUAGUGUUAAAAAUGUUUAAAUAUUACCCUAACAGCAAUUUUUAACAAAGCUCUUCUUAGCCUUACCCCAAAUCUGCUGAAACUUUACCCAAACUGACCAAGUUUUACAUUAAAACAGGCAAAUUUAACUAAACUGAUCAGGUUUACCUAAACAAUAUGCAUACUUUGCCCAAAUAGGUAAAGUUUUACCCAACUUUCGCUCAACCUUUGAAAAAAUAGGCCAAGUUUUACCCAGAAAAAUGACAUAUUUAUCCAAACUUAUCAAAUUUUACAUAACAUCUGCCCAAAAUAGUCCAGGUUUUACCCAAGCCUAAGCUCAAAAUUGCCUUAAUAAGCCAAGUCACAUCCCCAAAUUAGUCUGACUUUGCCCAAAUAGGUGAAGUUCUACCCAACUUUUGCUCAAUGUUUGAACAAAUUUGCCAAGUUUUACCCAAAAAAUGACAGAUUUAUCCAAACUUAUCAAGUUUUACCCAAUUUACCCAAAGUUCUACCAAAAAAAACUGCGAAACUUGAUCCAAACUUUCAUUAUAUUACCUAAAAAUUUAGCAGCUUUUCCCAAAUGGACAAACUUGUCCAAUUUCCCAAACACUCUGCCGAAAAUAGUCCAGGUUUUAACCAACCUCAGCUCAACAUUGCCCUAAUAGACCAGUCAUAUCCCAAAAUUAGUCAGACUUUGCCCAAAUAAGUGAAGUUCUACCCAACUUUAGCUUAACCGUGAACAAAUAGGCCAAGUUUUACCCAGAAAAUGAUAUAUUUAUCCAAACUAAUCAAGUUUUAACCAACAUUUACCCAAAUUUUUUAAAGUUUUACCAAAAAGUUUUGCCAAACGUGACCUAAACUUACAUUAUGUUACCUAAAAAUUACCAACCCAUAAAUAGAAAAACUUAACCAAUUUCUGAAACAUUUCAGGUUUUACCCAACCCCAGCUAAACAUGGCAUCAAUACCCUAAGUCAUAUCCCCAAAUUAGUCAGACUUUGCUCAAACUGACCAAGUUUACAUAAAAACAGGCAAAUUCAUCUUAACUGAUUAAGUUUACCCAAACACUGUGCAGACUUUUCCCAAAUAGGUGAAGUUCUACCCAACUUUUGCUCAACCUUUGAACAAAUAGGCCAAGUUUUACCCAGAAAAUGACAUAUUUAUCCAAGCUAAUCAAGUUUUACACAAAAUCUGCCCAAUUUUUGUUUAAGUUUUACCAAAAAACUGCCAAACCUAAUCCAAACUUUCAUUAUGUAGGUGAAAUUCUACCCAACUUUUGCUCAACCUUUGAACAAAUAGGCCAAGUUUAACCCAGAAAAUGACGUUUAUCCAAACAAAUCAAGUUUUACCCCAAUUUUUUUUAAGUUUUACCAAAAAACUGCCAAACUUGAUCUAAACUUUCAUUAUGUAGGUGAAAUUCUACCAAACAUUAGCUCAAACUUUGAACAAAUAGGCCAAGUUUAACCCAGAAAAUGACAUUUAUCCAAACUAAUCAAGUCUACCCAACAUUUGCCCAAUUCUUGCUUUGGAAGUUUUACCAAUAAACUGCCAAACUUAAUCCAAACUUUUACUAUGUAGGUGAAGUUCUACCCACCUUUGCUCAGACUUUGAGCAAACAGGCCAAGUCAAAAAAAUUUCCCCCAUGGGGGAUCAAUAAAGGAAUAUUCUAUUCUUCUAUUCUAAGUCAGGAGCACUGAGGCCACCAUGUUACUCUGCCAUGUUUCUACAGUGGCCCAGAACAAACUUGUAUCACUCUGACUUUGUGUCAUCGUGUUUUGGUGCUUUGAUUUGUUACAGCAAGCAGAGGCUUGGUUUUGAGGUGUUAGCCUCUAAGUCUUCUUGUCACUGAUUCGUAACACACUUAUAACCCAACCAGAAUCGGUAUUUCCCCGUUCGGAGGGGUUGCUUGUUUGAGUGUCACAAAAACAAGACACCAUAACAAGCACUUCUCCUUUUAUUCAACACUUUGAAUUCAUUCUUUAAGAGGUUCUGCAAAAGUGUGUAAUAUCUGAAAUAUUUGCAACCAAACUCACCAACGAGACACCGGUAUCCUGUCGGGGUUUUUUUCUAGGUCGAUUGAGCUCACAUGGAAACACCUUUGAAAGUGUAUAAAUAGAUUUGAAAGAAUGGUAGGGUUUGAAAGAUUUCUUUCGCUCUGAGUCGUCUUUUUCCUGUCUUGGUCUCUUCAGAGAAAGUAGACGCUGUCUGAGAUGACGUGUGCUAUAUAAGGAAGUGCUGAUUAUUUAGAGACAAGUCAUUUAGCUUUCAGCCUCCAGAGAGAAGAGUCAGAGACCGAGGACGUUCCUGAACACAUGGAGAAAAAAAGGGACUUCACCCUGAGUGAGGCUCUGAGCAGGUGAGUGAUUUAUUCCACUUCUUCUUUACAAAACAGAACUUUUUAGUCCAGCUCUGCAGAUGGAUUUAGAAAAAUAAAAAUCACAAUAUUAAGAAAAAACUGCAGACUCUUCAUAGUAACAAAUGAACUUAAAGCAUAAUAUCGGGGUUAAAAUGUCUCAGACCAGUAGGAUCAUGAUUUCUCUUCUUCAUGCCUCUUUUUAUGGUGGAGCUUCAGGACCACAUUCAAAGUUAAACUCAAGAUUUAGAGACAAAGUUGUCAUCUUGCAGGAAUAAAGUUGUGGUGGAGCUUCUCGACACUGGCUAAGUUUGAGUAAAAUCUAAAAUUUUCUCUUCAUGGUCAGGAACCAUUAGAUCCCUCAGAGUUCCCUGGUACUCCUCGAGAACUUUAAGGUCCUGGUAUGCAGGUCUGCUCAUCGUACUGAAGGUCUCUAGAAGUGGUCUGGGUGGUAGAACUUUCAGUGAUCAGGCUCGUCUCCUCGGGAAUCAUCUUCCAGUCGAGGUCCAGGGCGCAGACACCCUCUACCUUUACCUUUAAUUUUGAUGGUUAGACCACUGCGGUUAGUCCGAUAGGGCUCAGUCUGUUCCCGUCUUUACUUUGGGUCUUUGUAAACAGAGUCUGAUCUAGACCGGCUGAUAACAAGAGUCUUGGGAAAACACUUGUUGUGAAUCGGCCUUUUCCAAAAAAAAAUUUUGAAUUAAAUCUAAAUGAAGUUUCCAGCUGUAAAAGAUUACUUUGAGCUUAGACGCAGCUGAUUAUUCUGAUCCAAUGAAUGGUGAAUAUGUUUUGUGUUUCAGCUCACCAGACUUCAGUGAGGAGGUCGCCUCUGAGACCAGCUGCUGUGGCACGAUGGUAGGUUCCGACAUGAGUGUGUUUCCACUCUCAAAUCCCUUUUUCUCAUAAACACAUAGUUCCUUAUUUCGAACAGAAUGUAAAUAAUGCUCACUGGGUUAGAAUGAUUGUUAGUCUUUUGUGCAUCUUCUGCAGGAUAUUCAGGAGUGCACUCUCAGACUGGAGGACGGACUGGACUUGGUUGUUUCCUGUGGCCCCAAGUCCUGGUGUCACGCUACUGUGCUGCUUGCGUCAAACCGGUUUAAACAAAUCCUGGCUCGCAGUGGCAAGGAUCUCAAGGGGAACAAGCUCUGCAGCGCCAUACUGGAAAGCAUCGUGGAAGGUGAGUAGUUCCUAUUUUACAUCAGAAUUAAAAAUUUUAGAGCACUUAAAGGUGGGGUGGGCAGAAAUCUGUUAAAGAAGCAUUUUUUUGUGUGUUGUAUAUUAAAAAAAUUGUGUUGUAUAUUAAUUUUUUUUUUCAAUAGCUAUUAGUUAUUGAUGACAUUUAAUAAUAUAACUAUAUUGCUGUGUUCUCUUAUCUCCAUGUAGUUAACAUUUUACAUUUUUUGAGCGGCCCGCUAUUUCUAAAUGUAAACAAAGCCGUUAUCCACCUCCCCGAACUGGGGGGUAUUCCACGAAACUGGCUAAAGAAGGCUGGGCUAUCGCCGGUAAGCGUGGCUUGAAAAAGCGGCCACUUUAAUCUUAGCUGCGACUCGUUCCACUAACGAGGCUCAGCUGUUUUUCAGAGACGCUUAUUCUAGCCAGGCUUAUCCAAGCCAUGGCUAUGCAACUGUUUAGCUAUCCAAGAUGUAGAUGCUGCAGAUUACAGAUUCAGAUUACAUCCUAGAUUUGACCCUGUUUUCAGAAAACUGUAGCCUAGCUUGCAUGCCGAUUGUCUUAGCAGUUGAGAACUGACUGGCCUCUACUGUGGCUAAUACAGCCUCACCCUAAAAACCUGAAAUAUCCCUUUAACAGUGUCAGUGCAUUGACACUAUCGAGUGUCUUUGAGUCUACUUUUUAAAGGGGUUGCCAGAUUUCCCCCAUACUGCAGUUUUCAUGUGAUACUCAGUCUUUUCUGAAGGUUCUUAAAACGUGUGCCUCCAAAUCUUUGCAGAAACUGUUGUGGAGACGGCUGAGAACUUCUCUACGAGGGCUCACAAAUUCGAGCGAGCUGACAGCGAGACUCAGGUCACUCUGAGUGACUUAACACAGAAAAGCAUCGUCCUUGCAUCAGGAGGGACAAAACUGCACGCCGUCGCUCUAAAAUCAGGACACGAAAACUACACGGGUAAGAAACACCAACUUUUACGUAGCGUGAUGAUCCAGUUUUUAAAGUGGGGUGUGUGAGGUACCUUUUACAGGUAGUGUAGAAAUGGGGAUUUUCAGGCAUUUGAAAGUUAACUCUUGGUGACAUACAAAUAGUUUCCUCUUCAUCAUUUUCAGUCACAUUUCCUCUUCUUCGUCUUCAGUGAAAUUCACACUGUCGAGGUACAACUCUAAUAUGGACGGUAAUGGUCAGGUAGUGCAUCUGUCAAUCGGCAACUACAACCUCUCCUGCUGUAUGUAUCAAGACCAAGCUAUGCUGAUGGUGGAGGUGAGCACUAAACCAAUCUGAUCUUUCAGACAAAUCUGAGCAACAUGCACCGAUGAAGAACUUUGAAACAUCCUUUUCUUUCUCGUCCCUCUAACAGCAAUGCCCUCCACAAAACCUGGCCAGGAUCAGCAAAGAUGUGAAGCUGCAUCGUUUUCUUUUCCGCAAGAUGAUCGAAGGUGAUCUUGUUGAGUUCGAGUCAGUCAGCUGCCCCGGCUGGUUCAUCAGCACUGUUUUUGAGGGUGAUAACCACGCUGUGGAUAUGUGCAAAGCAGGCACUCAGCGCUUAACUCGUUUCAGAAUGAAUUAAAGGACUGUGCUGGAUUUGAGCUGCAACAUAGAACCAGAAUUAUGCUUUUUGAACUUGAACAUAUUAAAAAAAAUUAUAAAAAAGUUAAAAAAAUACAACAACAAACGAUGAAAAGUUAUUCAUGUUCAAAAAGGAGUGGGAAGAAGUCGAAACUUGUCAAGUCCCAACUCUUCUCCUACACUCAUGAUUUACAUAUAUAUCAUAAUAUUAUAUAACAAUAUUAAUCAUUAUAAUGAUAGCAAUAAAAAUAAUCACCAUCAAAACAAUAAUGAUAAUGACAAUAGUAACUAUAAUAGUACUAUGUUCACCCUCUGUAUGCAUGCAUCUGCAUCGAUGGAGCUGUAAGGUCCUUACACACCGGGGCGGACACAAAUAUAGAACGCAAAAUUCUGAAAUAUUCUGAGCCGAAUUUUGACGCACCUGACUAUACACAUUAAGCCCGAUGCAAUUUUGCGACUUUCAAGGGGGAAAAAAUGCAUCCCAGGAAAAGACUUUUCCCAGGGAAAGUCCCGCCUCCUUCGCCUCUGAUUGGCUAGAAAAGCUGGAAACGUCAUCACACGUUCAAGCCAAACGGUCAGCACCAUAGACUGUAUAUAAGAUGGACAGAGUCUGCCUCCUCGCUGGGUGAAGCCACUCCGAGAACAGCACCCUCUGAUGGUGGGCUGCAGUACAGGUCAUAAAUCCCGCCUCCGCCAGCAAAGCUUAUGGGACUUAUGUGACAAACUUUAGAAAUUUAUCACACAGAACAUAAAUUUUUCUCCCCCCUGGUUGUGAUGUUGACAUGUAGUUACUGUCAGACUGGUUUGUGCUCAAGUCCUUUUUUUUCUGUGAAGCUCCGUUUUUAAAAGUUAUUAGGGGGUUCAUGUUUUCUAUGAUUGACACCUGAUACAGCCUAUGGGCGUUCAGGGAUCGCGUAGCUCUUCCGGGGGAAUAUGCUGUUUGAGCCGAGGGUCAUCACAGCGACUGCGCAGCCGAAUGCGCACAACGCUACUGCACAGCUCUGGUUUCAAGGAAGUGGAGAAAAACCCGGAAUUACCGAGAGCUUUUUGGCUUCAAAUCCGUAUACAGGCGGAAGGCGGAACCACGGUGUCCAUCUUAUAUACAGUCUAUGGUCAGCACUUAUAGUCAAUCAGAAGCGAAGGAGGGCAGGACGUUCCCUUAACAACCUACAUCGUCCCGGGUGGAAACGUGAGGACAAAAAUAGAGUCUACGUCAACUUCAAGUGAUGGCGAAUUGGUACUUCUUUUGCUUUCUCAAAAGAAAAAGAAACAUAGCACAUGGGUGCAUCCAAUAUUACAAAAAAGAAGAGAACUUGGUGAGUUUCACUGCUUGGUUCAGGAGCUGAAACUGUACCACGGUCAUUUCAGAACCUAUUUUCGGAUGUCCGUUGGGCAAUUUGAAGUUCUGCUGAAACAAUUAGCUCCAAGUUUGAAGAGGCAGAGGACUAGACACCAGACACUAGUGUUGAGAUGGCUGUCUGUAAUGAUAGCAUGUACUAAGUUGGGGCCAGUACCAGAUAAGCACAUGAAACUAUGGUAACAACCGUUAGCUUACGUUAGCACAGAUGAAAGUUAAAACAAAGACGUUUAGCAAACUGUUAAAGCACACAAAACAUCGUCAUAUCAGAAAUCCAACACUAUUACUCUUCAAAAGUUGUCCUUCAGGUUUUUAUCUUUGUAAUAUUUGUGUAAACGAUCAUAAACAAUCAGCCGGUCGGUCAUGUUGGAUAUACCGGUGAAUCUGACGUCGCAAGAACACGAAAUCUGAUUGGUCAGAAGUGGACACACAGUAUGCGAAACUUUGGAAAAAUCGACUAUGAGCCGAAAAAAUAAAUGCCGCAAUAUGGCAGGACGGGAAAAACGUUGCUGAUGUGAACGCUUGUAUAAAUAUUGACGACCAAAGUAAUCGCAUGAAAAAAACUGUCCCGGUGUGUAAGGACCUGUAGUCUGUGAAGAUCGCUGAGCCUGUAAUGAUAUAACAGUGGGAAGCUAGUUUUUCCUUUGUAUUCUUUUCAAUACUUAUAAAUAUUUAAAAAAUUAUCUCCUUUAGAGAAAACUGUAACAGGAUAUUCCUCUUUAUUUUUCAUGGAUACUCAUUUUGUAACUAAACUUUUUCUACAAAUA